AACCAUUUGUAAAACGCCAAGAUGCGCAAUGAUAUAGUUUUCAUCUAUAGUUUUCUUCUGGGGAGGAAAAAGUUUUCUAUACCAUUUCUAUGUUUAAGAUAACUGAGCACCAAGUCUUCAAGAAUCACUGUCAUUUUCCUUACCGUCAAAGGGUUAGAGCUUCUUCUGGCCUUAUUGCUAAUCCAAUGUGAAUUGCAGCAAAUUCAGAGAGUUCAGUCGCUUGCAUCUCUUUUUCCUGUCCAUCCUUUCUUGUUUCUCUCAUCAUUUCCUUCUUUUAGCGCCAUCGAUCGACAUGAAUUUUUCAAGACUUCCAACUUUUACGGCUAUAUCAGUUGCUUCUCUCCUCUUAUUGCUUCUCAUCCUUUUCCUCUCCCUUGGAUCCUCCUUCGCCUUCUUUCUUACUGGAAGCCAUGUAACUACGCUCGUUUUCAUUGUAAUUCUCCUCUGGCUGCUCAUCAACCAUGGAUUUUUCGAUGGCCCAGACACGCUAUGUCUAAGAAGAACUUGGCUCAUGGCCUUCGCAACUUCUUUAUUGACAUUUAUUCUCCUCACUGUGGUUACUAUGUUAUGUAUCCGUGUUAAGCCCACCCGAACAAUCUUCUUCAUCUGUGUCGGUGUCGAUUUAGCAUUUGUUCUUGCGAUUAGCUCACCGGUCCUUGUGAAAAAAAUAAUAGCUCUAUAUAGGAGAAGGACGAGGGCUCGUUUACUGUUACGUGAUGAAGAAGAAGGUCAUACAGAACUUGAGUUCACCUAUCUUGGACGAGCUGGUGGUUUGCCCAAGAAGUUUCGUUAUGAUGAGCUCAAGACAGCAACUAACAACUUCCGAACUCCUAUAGGAAGAGGUGGCUCUGGUUCAGUCUUCAAGGGUGUGCUCGGUGAUGGAUUGCCUGUUGCUGUUAAGAGAAUCGAGGGAGAAUUACGCGGAGAAAGAGAGUUUCGGUCAGAGAUCACCGCAAUCGUCAGUGCUCAACAUGUCAAUCUUGUUGCCAUCAUUGGAUACUGCCUUGUCCGAGGGGGUCAUCGUUUCCUCGUGUAUGAGCUCUUGCAGAAUGGAUCCCUUGACUGUUGGAUUUUCCCGGGAAAGCGAGAAGAUGGAAGUUAUUUAUCGUGGGCUUCGAGAUACCAGGUUGCGAUAGACGUUGCCAAGGCUCUGUCCUAUCUUCAUCAUGACUGCCGCUCAAGAGUCCUACAUUUAGAUGUCAAGCCACAGAACAUCCUUCUCGACGAGAACUUCAGAGCACGUGUAUCGGAUUUUGGCAUCUCGAGAACGAUGGACAGAGAUGAGAGCCGGGUUGUCACUACAGUUAGGGGUACUAGAGGAUACUUAGCCCCCGAGUGGUUUUCAGGGGAAGGUAUCUCAGACAAGUCUGAUGUUUAUAGCUUCGGAAUGGUCAUCUUGGAGAUCUUGGGAGGUCGAAGGAACUUUGAAAUUUUCAAUAACGGUAGCAUUUCUGAGGGGACGUGGAUCUAUUUUCCGAAGAUUGCGAACGAGAAGAUGCGAGAAGGGAAGUUAAUGGAGGUGGUGGACGAGAGGUUAAAGAAAGAUGGGGGGAUCAAUGAGGCCCAAGUUAAGGUUUUGGUCUAUGUGGCGAUUUGGUGCAUACAAGAGAGGGCAGAGCUCAGGCCGAGUAUGGAGCUAGUUGUUAGCAUGCUCAAAGGGCACACACCCGUGGAUAUGCCACCGGAGACUAGAAUGUUCAUGGUGGAUUUGGUUGUGCCGAGCGAUUCGAUGACCAUCAGUGUACUGAGCAGAGCUCAGAGUGCUACUUCAGGGCAAACAGAUCAUCCUUCAGCAUCUGCACGCUCGAUUUCUACGUCAACCAACUUGCUCAGAUAGCUACCAUCAUUUCUGUUAUAAUUCUUCAACUUAUUUUAAAUUAUGUUUUUAUUGUAUGAUGACU